AUGGCCGCCCAGGGCGAGCCCGGCUACCUGGCGGCGCAGUCGGACCCGGGCUCCAACAGCGAGCGCAGCACCGACUCGCCCGUGCCCGGCUCCGAGGACGACCUCGUCGCCGGGGCGCCCCUGCACAGCCCGGAGUGGAGCGAGGAGCGCUUCCGCGUGGACAGGAAGAAACUUGAGGCCAUGUUACAAGCUGCUGCCGAAGGAAAAGGCAAAAGUGGGGAAGACUUUUUCCAAAAGAUCAUGGAGGAAACAAAUACACAGAUUGCCUGGCCGUCAAAGCUGAAGAUUGGAGCCAAAUCCAAGAAAGAUCCCCAUAUUAAGGUGUCUGGAAAGAAAGAAGAUGUUAAGGAAGCCAAGGAAAUGAUCAUGUCUGUCUUAGACACAAAAAGCAAUCGGGUCACCUUGAAGAUGGAUGUUUCGCAUACAGAACAUUCUCAUGUAAUCGGCAAAGGUGGCAACAACAUUAAAAAGGUGAUGGAAGAAACAGGAUGCCACAUCCACUUCCCAGACUCCAACAGGAAUAACCAAGCGGAAAAAAGCAACCAGGUUUCUAUAGCAGGACAACCGGCAGGAGUCGAGUCUGCCCGAGUUAGAAUUCGGGAGCUGCUUCCUUUGGUGCUGAUGUUUGAGCUGCCGAUUGCUGGAAUUCUUCAGCCAGUCCCUGAUCCUAAUUCCCCCUCCAUCCAGCACAUAUCACAAACAUACAACAUUUCAGUGUCCUUCAAACAGCGCUCCCGAAUGUAUGGUGCUACUGUCAUAGUCCGAGGGUCUCAGAAUAACACCAGCGCUGUGAAGGAAGGAACUGCCAUGCUGUUGGAGCAUCUUGCCGGGAGCUUGGCAUCUGCUAUUCCCGUGAGCACACAGCUGGACAUUGCAGCUCAGCAUCAUCUCUUCAUGAUGGGUCGAAACGGAAGCAACAUCAAACAUAUCAUGCAGAGAACGGGUGCUCAGAUCCACUUUCCCGACCCCAGUAAUCCACAAAAGAAAUCCACCGUCUACCUCCAGGGCACCAUUGAGUCUGUCUGUCUUGCAAGGCAAUAUCUCAUGGGUUGUCUUCCUCUUGUGUUGAUGUUUGAUAUGAAGGAAGAAAUUGAAGUUGACCCACAGUUUAUUGCUCAGUUGAUGGAACAGCUGGAUGUCUUCGUUAGUAUUAAACCAAAGCCGAAGCAGCCCAGCAAGUCUGUGAUUGUGAAAAGUGUUGAACGAAAUGCCUUAAAUAUGUAUGAAGCAAGGAAAUGUCUCCUCGGACUUGAAAGCAGUGGGGUUACCAUAGCAACCAGUCCGUCCCCAGCAUCGUGCCCCGCCGGCCUGGCCUGCCCCAGCCUGGAUAUCUUAGCGUCGGCAGGCCUCGGACUCACUGGACUAGGUCUCUUGGGCCCCACCACCUUAUCUCUCAACACUUCGACAGCCCCGAACUCACUCUUGAAUGCGCUCAAUAGCUCCGUCAGUCCUUUGCAAAGUCCAAGUUCUGGCACCCCCAGCCCCACGCUGUGGGCACCCCCACUUGCUAAUACUUCAAGUGCCACAGGCUUUUCUGCCGUACCACACCUUAUGAUUCCAUCUACCGCCCAAGCCACGUUAACCAACAUCCUGUUGUCUGGAGUGCCCGCCUAUGGGCACACAGCCCCCUCCCCGCCUCCCGGCUUGACCCCCGUGGACGUGCACAUCAGCAGUAUGCAGACGGAAAGCAAAAAGAUCUCUGCUGCCUUAAACGGACAUGCACAGCCUCCGAACAUAAAAUAUGGGGUAAUAGCCACGUCGUCACUCGGAGAAAAAGUGCUGAGUGCGAAUCGUGGUGAUCCGUCCAGACAGACAAGCGGAUCGGAGCAGGUGUCUCCCAAGCCAAAUCCUGCCGAAGGUGGCAAUGAUGCUUUUGUGGAAGUAGGCAUGCCUCGGAGUCCCUCCCAUUCUGGGAACGCUGGCGACCUGAAGCAGAUGAUGGGCUCCUCCAAGGUUUCCUGUGCCAAGAGGCAGACCGUGGAGCUCCUGCACGGCACGAAGAACUCCCACUUACACAGUGCUGACCGGCUGCUCUCGGACCCGGAGCUGAGCCCCGCGGAGAGCCCUCUGGCUGACAAGAAGGCCCCGGGGAGCGAGCGUGCUGCAGAGAGGGCCGCGGCCGCCCAGCAGAACUCGGAAAGGGCCCGCCUGGCCUCCCGGCCGUCCUAUGUCAACAUGCAGGCAUUUGAUUAUGAACAAAAGAAGCUAUUAGCAACCAAAGCUAUGUUAAAGAAACCUGUGGUGACGGAGGUCAGAACACCUACCAACACCUGGAGCGGCCUCGGGUUUUCGAAGUCCAUGCCCGCUGAGACCAUCAAGGAGCUGAGACGGGCCAACCACGUGUCCUAUAAGCCCACGAUGACAACCACGUUUGAGGGCUCAUCGAUGUCCCUCUCGAGGUCCAACAGUCGUGAGCACUUGGGAAGUGGAAGCGAAUCGGAUAACUGGAGAGACCGAAACGGAAUAGGACCUGCCAGCCAUAAUGAAUUUGCAGCUUCUAUUGGCAGCCCCAAGCGCAAACAAAACAAAUCAACGGAACACUAUCUCAGCAGCAGCAAUUACAUGGACUGCAUUUCCUCGCUGACAGGAAGCAAUGGCUGUAACCUCAACAGCUCUUUCAAGGGCUCCGACCUCCCCGAGCUCUUCAGCAAACUGGGUCUGGGCAAAUACACAGACGUCUUCCAGCAGCAAGAGAUCGAUCUUCAGACAUUCCUCACUCUCACAGACCAGGAUCUGAAGGAGCUGGGAAUUACGACUUUUGGUGCCAGGAGGAAAAUGCUGCUUGCGAUCUCAGAACUAAAUAAAAACCGAAGAAAGCUUUUCGAACCGCCAAAUGCACGCACCUCUUUCCUGGAAGGCGGAGCCAGCGGGCGGCUGCCCCGUCAGUACCACUCGGACAUUGCGAGCGUCAGUGGCCGCUGGUAG